AUGGGGCGGCGGCAGGUGGGGAAUCCCCGGGGCAGGUGGCUCCCGCCCCCCGUUACUGCGAAAUCGCCUCCCUCGAAAGCAGAACCGAUACCGGGCCGGGGUCCCCUGGCCGCGCCCGGCCCCGCUCCCCACCGGGACAGGACGGGAUGGGACGGGACGGGCAGGAAAACCCGGGGCAGUUCCUGGCGGCUCCGCGCCCAGCGGGAUGGGAGGGACCUGCACCGGCACCGGGACCUCCCCUGGGUGCACCUGGGCUGCCCCCGACGAGCGCACCGGGGAGCCCGCGGCGGUGUCACCUCGGUGGAUCCCCCGUUGUGUCCCCCCGUGUCCCCUCCGGUGUUCCUCGUGUGUCCCCGCGGUCUCUUCGGUGUCCCUCCCGGUGUCCCCCGUGUCCCCCGGCCUCCCCGGGACAUCAGCCGGCGGCUCCCCGCGGCCUCGGGGGUCCCAGCGGGGCUCGCCUCGCCCUCGCGCCCCCGGGUCCCGCAGCCCCGGUCCCCUCCGGGCCGGGCCGGGCCGUGCUGCCCGCAGCGCCGCAAUCCCGGCGGCCCCGACGGGGCGGCUCCGGCGCUUCCCGCUCCCGCCCGGCGGGGCUGCCCCCGGCCUUCCCCGGGCAUGGACACCGGCGGCGGGGCUGUCGUGGGUCUGGGAGGGGAGACACGGGGGAGGCCGGCGCCGGUGGGGCUCAGCACCGCGGUGCGCUGUCCCGGGGACUCCCUGGGACCCUGCGGGACCCCGUGGGACACCAGUGGAUGUGUGGGAUGGCAAGAGACUGCGUGA